AUCGCCGACAUCAGCUCGCGACACACAGACAGUCUCAUAGACGUUACUCAAAGCUUUCACAGAGGACAUACCCCACACAGUGCUCGCACUCUGGCUGCUUAUCACUGAUCUCUCGCAUGGUCUUUUCACAGCGAACCUCGGACGACUACAUUUCUGACGCCGUCUUCAAGGGAAACUCCCUCUGAGCAUAUCACCUACACCACCUCUUUAUCUUUCUACCUAUCACAAUCACGAUGCUCGCAUUGCCUACUUCUGCUCUGCGAUCUCUCCGAUCAGCAAUGCCUGGUUCCACCAGGCUGUCUGUCGGCAGCAGCAACAGCGUUCGAGCUCUGGCUACAGCUGCUUCUCCACUCACCUGGACGCCAGCGCCAGCCUCCAAACCGGCCACGCUGCACCUCAAGUCCGGCCACUCCUGGCAGGGAAAGUCAUUCGGCGCCCCCAACCCUCGUACCUUCGGAGAAGUCGUCUUCACCACCUCCAUCACCUCGUACACCGAGUCACUCACAGACCCUUCGUACCAGGGCCAGAUCCUCACCUUCACCCAGCCCCUCAUCGGCAACUAUGGUGUGCCGAACAACUUUUCUGGCACCUCGCCCAUUGGUAGCCCCAAGGAUGUUGACGUUGGAAGCUUCCUGGAGAGCAGGGGCGUCCAAGCUGCCGGUGUGGUCGUGAGCAAUCUGGCAGAGAGGUUCAGCCACUUCGAGGCUAUCGAGAGUCUGUCCACUUGGUGCGCCCGACACGGCGUGCCCGGCAUUAGUGGCGUGGACACUCGAGCCAUCACCACUCUUUUGCGAGACCAGGGCUCUACAUUGGGCGCUAUCAGCAUCGGAGAUGGUCACGAGGUCACUCCUGGACAAGAGGAGUACCGCGAUCCCAUGGCUGAGAAUCUCAUCCCCCUCGUGUCGACCAAGACCCCUUACACCUUGCACCCCGUGGGAGGUGCCUCGGCCGCCAAGGUCCACAUCGCUCUGCUCGACUUUGGCGCCAAGUCCAACAUCAUCCGAUGCCUCAUUCGUGAAGGAGCCAGCGUCACCGUCCUCCCUUGGAAUUACGACUUUACCGCUGUCCAGGACAAGUUUGACGGUCUCUUCCUCUCCAACGGACCCGGAUCGCCUUACUCGAUUCCAGAGGCAGUAGAGACGACGCGCAAGACGAUUGCCGGUUGGGACAAGCCCAUCUUCGGCAUCUGCAUGGGCAACCAGAUCAUCGGCCUCGCUGCCGGCCUGAAGGCCUACCGUAUGAAGUUCGGCAAUCGUGGCCACAACCAGCCUGUCGUUGCCCUCUCCUCCACCGGCACAUCCGUCAAGGCUGGACGAGUCUACAUUACAUCUCAGAACCACGGAUACGCUCUGGAGUAUGACCCGAACGAGUCCUGGGGAGAAUGGCAGCCCUGGUUUGUCAAUGCCAACGACUCGUCCGUUGAAGGCAUUCGGGCCAACCCCGACUCGGGCCGACUGGUGUGGGCCGUGCAGUUCCACCCUGAAAACGCUGGCGGGCCGGACGACUGUCAAGGUAUGUUCAAGGACUAUAUCAAUGAGUGUAUCAAGAAGAACCAGGAGACACUUGGGGGAAAAGUCUCUCCGGGACUGGACGCGUCGCAAGUGGGAGAAGCACCUAGAGGAUCAUUGGGCGCAAAAGUCGAGACGGCAGCAGAGCUGGCCGUUUAAUAGUAGAUGCACUCGCACAUUUUCAUGUCUCUCUAGCUAGCUCACACAACACGUGUCUUGAUUUUGUAAACCAAUUUCAUACUUGACAACGAUCAGCCUAGAUGCGAC